UGGCAAAUUCAAUUUUCUGUAGAAAACUCUAGGAGCCCACGUCAUGCGAUUCACCUAUUCUUUUGCAUUCUCGCUGCUCCCUCCUAGAUUGUUCGCGUAAGACCACGACCAAGAACAAGAACAAUCCGGAGAAAUCCUCCUCACCCUUAUAUAUAUACAUAUCAACACCAUUCCCACCUCAAGAAAUCACCCGACAUUGCUAGACCAUAGUUUCCGUCAAAAUGAGAAUCCAAAAUAUCACCAAAGCCUUUGUUUUCUUGAUGGUAGUAGCUGUCAUGGCAACCCAAGUGAAUGGUUUCGUGCCCUACGCAAGGCCCCUGUGGGACAUGAUGCUCCCCGAAGACCCUUUCAGAAUCCUUGAACACACCCCACUAACAGUCCCUAAAGGGGUUGAGAACCUGGCCUUGGCUCAAGCAGACUGGAAAGAAACCCCACAGGCGCAUGUCAUCUUCCUAGACAUUCCAGGGAUGAAGAAAGAUGAUGUGAAGAUCGAGGUGGAGGAUAACAGGGUGGUGAGGAUCAGCGGGGAAAGGAAAAAUGAAGAAGAAGUUGAGGGAGAGAAGUGGCAUAGGGCUGAAAGAACUAUUGGAAAGUUUUGGAGGCAGUUCAGGCUGCCUGCCAAUGCAGAUUUGGAUCAUAUCAAGGCUCAUCUGGAGGAUGGGGUUUUGAGGGUUACUGUGCCUAAAUUUGCAGAUGAGAUUAAGAGGCAGCCUAAGGUUAUUGACAUUGCUUCAGUGGCUUCUUCUGGCCAGGAUAUCAAGGCCACCUCUAAGGCUACUCAGAAAUAGAUCUUUUCUUUUCUAUUUAUGUGCUUGUUUCGUUUUUGGCUUUCAUGGUUUCGUGUCCUUCGAAUGUAAUAACAAAUGUGUUUGUUAUGUGUGAUCGAUGAAUGGCCUGUACCUUGUAAUUGAAUCUGCAACUUUUAAAACUUCUCCAUCGU